AGUUCGAGCGGUCGACGGCAACGGAAUUAAACGGAAGAUAACGGAAUAUUCGCUACAACGCAUUUACUUGAACAAAAGAAAUGUUAAAGAACGUAAAAUUCUUUUAUUAAUUUUAAUUAAUUAAAAAUAUAUUUAAACGUAAAAUCAUAUAAAAACAAAAAAUAAUAAAAAAAAAAACAAAGAACAAAACAUAAUUAUUAUAAAAAUUCUUUACUAUACGAGUACACUAUGUGAGAUAAUUUGGCUAACAUUCGUAGAUACAGUGAACAAAAAUAUUUACUUCACAUAUUGUUUGCUGUGGUACUGUGAGUCUGUUGUAAAAAGAAAGCGAGUAGCUCACAAAACUGCUGGCACCGCAGUCUUUGCAUCCUUUGUGGACACCGCGUGCACUGUAUUAUCUUAGAUUAUAAAUUUGCACCGGAGGCACGUUUCUAAUUCAGCAACUUUAACUUCUUAACUCCAGCUUUUUUAAGUGUAUUACUUCUUGAACUCGUUUUGCAUUUGUGUCUGCUGCUCUGAUGGACAAUUGAGUUCAAUGAUGCCUGUUUACUGAAUGUAUUUCAGAUAAAGUAUACAAUUAGAUGCAGCAACUGCUGAACAGUACUUAGAGAAUUCCUUCGAUCGUCAUCAUCGAAGAGUUAUUUGCCACACUAAAAAGCAUCCGAUUCAAAUCCGCUUUAAAUACAUUUUUUGCAAUUUCUACAAUGUUUUAAUUUAAUAAUUUUAUUAAUUUUUUUAAAUUAAUUAAAAUUGGUGCACAACAAUUUAAUUUAAUUAAGGUGUGAGUGGAUGAAAAACAUUACAAAUAUGAUAUUGCAAAAAUAUCGUUUUAAGGCCGCUGCCGUGAGUUAUGUUAAUUACGGAGUAUUAAUUAUAACGGCCCUUUUAGUGUUAAUAAGUGCACAUGCCAAAAGUGCACAAAUCAACGACAAUAGAUUUAAAAUUGACCAGAGAACUAAUGUUACCAUGACAGCAACAAUGUCGCCAACCCAUAAUGUGCCAACUGCAACAAGCGUUACUAAAUUAGCAUCGACGCAGCAAGUAACACAUCAAGAAAAUGUUGCCACUUCCAAUGCUGUUAUCGCUGAAACACAAACGGUGUUUAAUGGAUUUGUGCAACAGUCAGAAGAAGAUAGGCAGCCGCUGCAGGCACAACAGCAAGAAAAAUAUUUUGACAAUAAGCUACAACAGCAGCAGCAACACCGGCAACAACAACAGCAGCAACAUCAUCAUCACCACAGACAUCGCAAUCAACGUCAACAUAAACAACGUGCACAUAAUACAUUACUGCCACCAAAGCAUCAUAGGCACCACCACAGUCGUAAUAUGUUGCUAAUGUCGUCAUAUGAAUCCUCUACUAAGCGUCCGUACCAUAGCAAAUUCACAAUUGAGGAGCUUUUAAAUACAAAAUUUGAGAAAAAAAUAUCCAAUGACAUAGACAUGGAUCCAUGCAAAGCAGGUGAGCUCCGAAAUGCUUUUAAAUAA